AUGGGUGGGGGAUGGAGAGGAGGUGGGGGUUGGGAUGAUGGGGGGGGGGAUUUGAUGAUAGGGAUGGUGGGUAGUUGGGGUUUGGGGUUUUGUAUGGAUGGGUAUGUAGUGGUAUGUGGGUUUUUAGUGUGUGAUUUGGUUGGGGGAUUGUUGUGGGGGGGGGGGUUUUUUGUGUGUUUUGGGGGGGGAAGGGGGGGAUGGUGGAGAUUGGGGGUUAGGGGGGGUAGGGGGGGGGGGAGGGGUUUAGUGGGGGGGGGGGGGGGGGGUUGUGGGGGAUGGGGGAUUGGGGAUAUAGGGGGGGGGUUUUAUGGUAGGGGGGUUUGUUGGGUGAUUAAUUUGGGUUUGGAUAGUGUAUGGAGGGUUGAGGGGGUUUUUUAUGGGAUUUUUGGGUUGGGAGUGUAUUUGGGGGGUUGGGUUGGGCUUAAGUUGAUGUGGAGGGGGGUGGGGGGGUAUUGUGGGUUAAGUGGGGUUGGUAAGGUUGUGGGUGGGUGGGUAUAUUGGUGUGGGGUUGUUUUUGGGGAUGAGAGGGAAGGGUUAAUAGUAUUGUGUGGGGGUAUGGGGGGGUAA